AUGAAGCAUGACCUCUUUCACAUCAUUCAUAUCAUUCAUCUCCCACCUAUUGAUAUUCCUACUAAUACAAACACAGGAACACAGCUAGCAAUGCUAAUGAGAGAAUUAAUCCCACAUAUUUGUCAUGAAAUCUCCACCAUGACAUCACCAAAACCAACCAUUCUCAUCACAGACCUAUUUGGAUCACUAGUGAUGCCUAUUGCUGAAAAAUUCAACAUGUCAAAGCUUGUUUUUUUCACUUCUAAUGCAUGGAAUGUUGCACUUACACUUCACACCCCAACAUUAGAUGAAGUGGUGGAAGGUGAGUACACAGAUCAAAAGGAGUGUAUCCAAAUUCCUGGUUGCAACCCCAUAAGCCCUUGUGAUUUGUUCACACCAUUGCUUGAUAGGAAUGAUCGAUUGUAUCAUGAAUAUCUCCAAAUUUGUGAGCAGAUAAGAAAGGUUGAUGGGAUUUUUGUGAACACUUUUCAUGAGCUAGAGGCUAAGACAAUUGUGGCACUAAGAAGUGGGAAAAUAUCUAAGGUACCAGUUUAUCCAAUUGGGCCAUUGAUUAGGGAAGCUAAAAAGCAAAGCUGUGAGGAUGAAAAUAGAGAUUAUGUUAUUGAUUGGUUAGACAAGCAAGAAGAAGAGUCAGUGAUAUAUGUAUCACUUGGUAGUGGAUACACAAUGUCACAUGAACAAGUCAAAGACAUGGCUUUGGGCUUGGAGCUAAGUGGGAAGAAAUUUGUUUGGUCUUUAACUCCACCAUCUACAAAAGCUGGGGAUGAUCAUUAUCUCAUGGCAGGCGAGAAUGCCGAAUCGAAUGGCAUCGCUAUAUCUCAAGCAUCAGUCAGUUCUUUCCCAGAUGAAUUCUACAAGAUACGAAGCAAGGGAUUGGUGGUAAUGGAUUGGGCACCACAACUGGAGAUUUUGAAGCAUUCAUCAACUGGAGGAUCAAAUGAUGAAUGCUGA